GUGCUUGCCACGCCGAGAGUCAACUAGCGGAGAUCAAGUUCAAUCGAUCUCGCGUUUGAUCCACGCUGUUUAUAUCUGGCAAACUCGUGCGAUGUAGCAUAAUAAUACACCGUGUGCCGAGAUUCGCUAUGACGGCAUCCGCAGAUGUCUGACGCAUUUCACGUUUUUUUAUGCGCGAGAACGGAAUAUUUGGCGCGCGCCUGAUGUAUUAUACGUACUCACGUAUGUAUAUGCACACGUACGUGUACACACGCGUGUGUUCUUGAUUGCUUCACGAUCCCACUUUUACUCACUUUGGAGUUCAAUCAGAGAUGGUGUGAUGCGCGUAGCGUGACACUCGAAGAUGUUCGUAAACAGUUUUUUGUCAUCGCGCGGCGAGCGUGACACGAUUGACAACGGGAGUGCCGAGAAACUUUUCGCGCCAUGGUAGACAAUCGUGCGCCCGUCAAUACGGAGAAUGAAUAUCGUGCGGUAAAUGUGGAUCAGGACGACUUGGAGGAGACGCGCGUGAAAGCCACGAUGCCUUCGGAGUUGAGGUCGAUCAGCGCGUCCGACUGGAUCACAGUCGCGAUCCUCUGCUUCGUGAAUCUCAUAAAUUAUAUGGAUCGUUUUACGAUCGCCGGUAUACUGUCAGAUAUUCAGCACGACUUUGAUAUUGGUAAUGAUAAGUCUGGAUUACUGCAGACAGCGUUCAUCCUGAGUUACAUGGUGUUUGCACCAUUAUUUGGAUAUUUAGGAGAUCGUUACAAUAGAAAAUUUAUUAUGAGUGGCGGUGUAUUUCUGUGGUGCCUAACAACAUUUAUUGGUUCUUAUAUGAAAACAUUUGGAUGGUUCUUAUUCUUUAGGGCACUUGUUGGUAUAGGAGAAGCUAGUUAUUCUACAAUUGCGCCAACAAUUAUCAGUGAUUUAUUUGUAAAGGAUAUACGUUCUAAGAUGCUUGCCUUAUUUUACUUUGCAAUUCCAGUUGGAAGUGGUUUAGGAUAUAUUACUGGUGGUGAAACAGCUCGUGUCACUGGUCACUGGUCAUGGGGAUUACGUAUUACACCUAUAUUAGGUAUUGUAGCAAUUAUUCUGCUACUUACUGUAGUAAGAGAUCCCAUUAGAGGCGAACGAGAAGGAGGUGCUCAUUUGAUUAGUACGACAUGGACAUAUGAUAUCAAGGAAUUAUCAAAAAAUCCGAGUUUUAUGCUAUCUACUGCAGGAUUUACUUGCGUGGCAUUUGUCACUGGUGCUCUGGCUUGGUGGGCACCAACAUACUUACAAUUAGGUUUCCAAUUACUUCCUAAUGGAGCAAACGUUGACCCAGAUGAUGUUGCAUAUAAAUUUGGAUUAAUUGGUAUGGCAUCUGGUCUAAUAGGUGUACCUUUAGGCUCUGCUAUAGCACAAAAAUUACGAGUUUAUUGGCAACAAGCUGAUCCUCUAAUAUGCGCUAUAGGUCUUUUAAUAAGCGCUCCUUUAUUGUUUUUUGCUAUGAUUACUGCCAAUACAAAUCCUGCUCUCUGUUAUACAUUAAUAUUCUUUGGUCAAUUAUCAUUAAAUUUGAAUUGGGCUAUUGUGGCAGAUAUGUUACUGUAUGUAGUAAUACCAACAAGAAGAUCUACAGCAGAAGCAUUCCAAAUACUUAUUGCACAUGCUCUUGGAGAUGCAGGCAGCCCUUAUCUUAUUGGACUUAUAUCAGAAGGAUUAAAGUUCAUGUUCUUGUCAGAUUUAACUAUAGGAGCACAAUCUAAUGUUCAUGACAUUCAACAUAUAACUAUUGAGUUUCGUAGUCUGCAAUAUGCAAUGUUCCUUACCAUGUUCGUAGAAGUAAUUGGUGCACUGUUCUUCUUCUUGACAGCAUUGCAUAUACAGAAAGAUAAGGCAUUGGUUGACCUUGCUAUCGCGGGUGGAAGUCUUUCAGAUUCGGUAUGUAUUUGCAACGAUGCAGUUAACAGCGAAUUACAAAAUGAUACAAAUACGAUACUAGAAUUUAAUAGGCAUCAAGUGGAACCGUCACUCUAAAUUUUUGUAGACUUAAUAUUUUAAAUAAGCUAUUGUUAUAAAUGUAUAGUACCGUUCUAUCGAAUGUAGAUAUUCCUUUGAUUUUAUAAUACAAAAUUUGUUGUAAUUUGUCAUAUAUAAGAAUUUGAAUAUAUUGUAUACAAAAUGUAUUUGCAAGAAAGUUUGCAUAUAUUUAUAAUGAAGAUUACUCUCUCAGAAAGAUAGAAGCAAGUUACCUCUAUUAAUAAUGUAUAAAACAAUAGAUUUAUAAACAUCUUAUAGAUGAAGAUGUAUAUGUAAAUUGUGUAAUAUUUUUAAAUGUUAUAUUUUUAUAAGAGCUCAUAUUAAUAUAAAUUCAUGUAACGUAUUAUGGAAUCAUCACAUAAUAAGCACAAACUAUAUGAAUAAUAUAUGGUAAAGUUGUAUUAGUAAAUAAUUCGCAUAUAAACUACAUAAAUAUUUUAGUUAAAUAUAAAUACUUGGUAAAGUUAUAAAUAUCACAUUCGUACUAUUUCGAUAGUAAAUUGUAAAAAUACUAACAAUUGUAGGACUUCCUAGAAGACAUUUUCAAAAGUUACGACAUGUAUCUGAUUUUUUUUAUAUAUAAAAUGUAAUAUUAGUAUAGUAUAUUAUAGUAUUCAUUACUAUUAAGUCAUUGAAUAAAUAACAGAUACUUAUAGAUAAAGACAUUUCACUUAUAAGUAUGAA